AUGGACAUGCAGCCAAUUACUCCUUUGCCGAUGAUCGCACAGGCUCGCAAGCCUGAGAGACACAACGGCCGGAUGACCGCAUCGGUGGCAGACAUCGGCUUUGUUCGGGCGGACAACCUCAAGGACACCGGCCAUGGCGUUACAACCAACCCACAUGAUGCGAUCAUGGCAACACUGUUCUUGAUGAGCUCUGGGAACUUGGCUACAGCCAACACAACAGAUCUCUACAUCCUCGCCUGGCGCUGUGACCUGACCAAGCUUCUCGACCUUACAUCCCGCUCCAGAGCAAACACACUCAACGGAGGCUACAUGCUGCAACAGGUGCAGAUCUACAACAACAGCGCGUGGCCUUUGAGCGCAACGGAGAAGGGCAGCCUCACGACAUGGCGCCUCACACAUGGCGCGUGCUUCUUCGACAUCAACAACCAGCGCACCUGGGAGGAGUUAGGGUUCCUGCGCUUGCGCAGCGUCGUUCUUCGGGUGGCGCAGCUGACGACCACGAUGCAAUUUUCGCUGGACUUGCCCAAGCCUUCGGUUACGCAGGACUCGUGGCACUCAGCAGCGUGA